CUCCAUGGCGUCUGUGAGGGAGAGCAGGGUGUUACCAGCAGCAGGAGCGGGGGCUCGCCCCGCGCCCUCCCCUCAGCCGGGGCGCACACGCUCGCUGUCCGGUCCGGUCCGGCCCCGUCCCGCCUCACAGCGACGACAGCUGCCGUGGCGGGGCCACCGGCGCCGCCAUCUUCAGCUCCACGUAAACACGCGGCCGGGGAAAGUGACGUGUGGCCGCCCGCUCCUCCUCCCGCCGCCGCCGGCACCUCCUCCCCGAGCCCUGGCCGCUCCCGGCCCCUCUGCCCGCCGGCGACCCCCACCCGCCCGGCUGUCGCCAAGUCCCGCCGGAGCCGCCCCCGGAGGAGAGGGUUCGACCCCUGCAGGGCGGGGGCGGCGCCGGGGGCAGCGGGCGCGGACAGCGCCGGUGGGCACACCCCCCUCCACACCCCUCUCCACACCCCCGCGCCCUGCGGGCAGAGGCGGGGGCUCCCGCUGCCCACAAAAGAACAGCGCUGCCGAGGCGCCCGGCGCUCGCUGGACUGCGACACGGGCUCUGAACGGGCAGCUCCCGAGUUCUGCUGCCCCGCCAAUCCCGCGACUCUGGCGAGAAGGCGAAUUCUGACAGUUCUGGUUUUCCAGGUGCUGUCCUGCUCCUGAGCGCGGCUCACACAAUUGCAGGGACCCUACAGCUCGAUCUAAGGCUUGGCAAUACAACGAGCUUCCCGAGCGUGUGCCGCAGACUGUUUCCCCCUGAGGUGGGUUCCGUUUGUGAUGGUGCGAUGGAUGGCACAGGCUUACACACAAAGGAAGGAAAAAGGCUUCCCGGGAACGUGUACCAGCUGCAAUGGGAACGGAUUCCUUAUUCUGCAUUUGGAAUCAUGCUGCUUUACUAAAUACAAAACUCAAAGUCUUUCGGAAUUAACUUAGAUCUCAGCUUUGCUGAUCUUUUGAAUAUGGUUCCUUUAGUAUACAUUCUUUCCUUGUCUGAAUUUUCCAGCAAAGACAGGAUACGCCCCAAAAAACCAAACAAAAAUACAAAAGAAAACAGUAUUUGCACAGUAUUACUGACCACAAACAAGUUUUUUAAAAAGUCAAUUAGGUGUCCUAGCAACAAAACACCCAUAUGACUACCAAAGUAAACUACAUCUACAAUCUGACAUUUUAAAAGAUUUUCCUUUCCUCCUCCAUUACAUUUCAGGGGAAAGUCUGAAAUAAUUAGUUAAUAGGUACAGGUCAUGUGCAUUCCUGUGUUUACCAAACAAUGUUCUCAACCUUUACUCAAAAAGGAAUGUAUACCAUUUAUGUAAAAAGAAAACACCGUCCAUCAUAGGGAAUGAAAAAUGACUGCAUUAUCUGUUGUUUAAAAUUUGAAGCAAGACAUUUGUUUCAGGUAAAGCUCUCAGACUUUGCCAUUUCACUAAGGAAAAUCAUGUUAUAGAGGAAAAUAGCAAGUGAAAAUGAGAAGAAUUUAUUAUAGAGGAAAUAUUUUUAUAGGAACAUAAUUUUGAGUUAAUUUCUUAAAAACAUGUUCCUAAGUCAGGAAAUUGAAUUACCUCCUCAAAGCCUGUACAAAUAGUUUUUUUUCCCAGCAACUACAAAGGCCCAGAGACCCCUGAGGGAAAAAUAAAUCAUCAUUUCUGUGUCAGUGACAUUCCUCUUGACUGUUAGAUGCCCCUGUUGUAGAACUAGCAAUCAGAUGUCAGUAGAAUUUCACACACAUGUGACACUUAGAUAAUAAUUUAUCAGUAAAUAUCCAAUUUAGAAGAUAAUGACAAACUUUCUAAAUUCUAUAAUUAAAUGGGUUCUUUAGUUAAUGCUAAGAAUUGAUUUGCCUAACUUUCCUUUUACUUACAGAUUUAUAUCCAUGUAAUUCUAUUGGAUUUUAGCUUAACACCUAAUGCAUGACUAUGAAAGUCACGGUAACCAUACUGAUAAACUAUAAUAGAAUAGUGUGGAAACUACUAGAUAGAAUAUCUCAAGGAAUUAUAUUUCCAUAUCCUCUCAACAUUGGAAGAGCAGGACUUUCUCUCCUAGGAGGAAAAAACCCUAAACCCAUAGAGUAUGAUUUCCUACUUCAGCUAUUUUAAUUCCUACUUUAUCAUUCAUGCAGGGCAAGCUGUCUGGAAUUCACAACUUGGUUAGCCAAUUAAACUUUCAGUUACAGAAAGGCAUUCAUCUUGUUUGCUUAAUUCUCAGAAUUGACUAAUAAUGUUCACUUGCCCAAGAACGUAAGAAAGUGCUGAAUAACUCUAACACUCAUUAAAUUCACAUACGUUAAACAUGUAAACUGCUUUUGACAGCAUAUGCAAAGUGAAACAGAUUAACAAGGUAAGAAAUACAGAUCAGACAUUCUCCAAAACAAGAAGAACUGGUGUUUUGACCUAGUAUUAUUUUUAUUUAGAAUUAAAUUUAUUACUGAAAAAUGUUCAUAUAUAAAAUGGCACUGAAACAUCUCUGAAUAUCAGACCUAAUUUUUAGUUGUGUCUGUGGGCAAGGACAAAGGCUUCUUCAUCUACAGCAUUUUCUCUAACAAUGAGACUCCCCAUUCUUCCUACCUCUUCUGUUUCCUUUAUUCACUGUUCAGAGAAUGUAUGCCUGGUGACUUUCUUUGUGGCGCUUUAGUGGACUAUGAAACCAAAGAUGAAGCCUAAAGACCAUGUGUGAUAAUCACAAAGUUCUGAUUAGGAGAUUAAAAUUCUGUCACAGUCUGCUGAAGCCAGAAUCAGAGGGCUGUCAGAUCACAAUAUGCUGCUGGUAAAUUACAAAUAAUAUACAAAAAAAAAAAAAAUAAAUCACAGGCAUAUAGAACUUCUUCCAACAUGUAAGGAGCACAGAUAUUGUGUAUUCUCAGGUGUUAUAACUUCAGCAAUACCUCUUAAUAACAAUACAAACUCUUAAUUUAUUUUCCUGAAAAAUCAUAUCAGAAUGAAAGACUCCCAUAUGGAUCACAUAAGAUUCCCUGAUCCAUCUUGUAAGAAAAAAAUACCUGACAGCAGUCAGAUGUUUUCCUAGCAGCAAUACAAUAAUCAUGCCAUUGUUAAUUUUAAACUUAAAUUCUUAAAUUAAAAAGAUUUUUUUAGGUUUGUCUUUUUUGUGGUUUUGGUUUGGUUUUUUUUUUUUUGGUGUUGUUUUUUGUUUGUGGUUUUGGGUUGGUUUAUUUGUUUGUUUGUUUUAGCUUUGAAUGCCUGUAUUUGGUCAAUAUAGUUUGUGAAGGAGUAAUCCUCCUAUUAAUGCAUAUGACCUUCUUAUAUGUAUGUGUAGCAGAGUGAUAGAAGACUCUUGGUCAGGCAUGAGAAAUAUGACACUGAUUAUGUAGAUAAUUAUGAUUAGACUUGUUGCUAAUACAGCAUUUAAAUGUUGUCAAUGCAGUACAUAAUAUAAGCAGGUGUAAAAGGUUGUAAUAUAAGCAGGUUUGGCUACAAAUGAACAGGUUUACAGUCUUUGGCCUUGCAGAAUUCAGAAUUACAAAGCUCCUAUGUAGGUACUUUAGGAUUGUAUCUUUGUGUUUUACCAGAUCUUAGCACCUUUACUCACCCACCCAAAAAUGAGUGUUCCCUGUCUUAGGGCUGGACAUACCCUGUCCCCAGGUGUCCCUGUGGGGCUGGGGAUUCACUAGGUAUCUGCAACCUCAGGAUACCAGUUUACUCAGCUGACCCAGUCUGCAGGAGCAUUUUAUAGAUUUUGCAGAUUUUUAUAGAUUUUGAUGCAUACCAAAGUCAAUAGCAAUCAUCACAACUCCAUCUCUGGUAAUGGAUUGAUUAUGUGAUCAUCCAAAUCAUUCCUCCUGCAAUUCUCACCUGGUGUUCCCACCUUAAGACAAAUCAUAUUGCCCAUCAGAGACAAUGGCAAGGGAGAGGGGGAAUGUCUUUCAUCACCAUCACAGCAUGUCCAACAGUUCUGCUGUAGCUCUUGACCUGCUGUUCAAAACCCACCUGGUGGGAUAACACUCUUUAUUAUAGUGAAUACUAAAGGGAUCAAGUGUGAAAAUAAGAGACACCCCUGAGAGAUAACCAUGGUGAAGGUUUUAUUUGACCAGGACAUGCAUCUGCUUCCACUGUAUCUCGUGGGAGUUGCAUGGCAGAUGGUACUGAAUGAAGUACAGAAAUGCCUUAGUGCAUACCUGUCACAGUGCGUGGUAACCAAACAGAUUUACCUCCACCUCAGUGUGAGCUUGCAUGAAAAAUAUGUUGACUUAAUGACUAUCUUACCUGUGACUUUGUUACAGUCUGUCUCCUACCAUCUGCUCUUCAGCUGCACUGGAGUCUCAGCACUGAAGUCUCCCAGAGUGCUGCUGGGUUGGCUUGCUUGAAGCAGGCAGGUGAUUCAGCCCUUCUGUGAAGACAGGGCUGAGUGCUGCCAGGUCCCAUGGCAGCAGAUGCUCAAGGCCAGGGUGGAUGGGGCUUUGAGCAGCCUCUUCUAGUGGAAGGUGCCCCUGUCCUCGGUGGAGGGGUUGGAAAUGGAUGACAUUUAAAAGGUCCCUUCCAGCCCAAACAAUUCAGUGUUUUCAAAGCCCCACACCUGGAGCUGCCCAGCCUGUGUUCCUGGCUCCUGCUCCCUUGCAUGACUCCAGCUUUUGUUGUCACCAAACUUGAACAUUAUUUAAAGAACAACUUGUUUCCUACCUGCUGCUAUAAACCCGACGGUUUAAAAACUACGUCCGUUGAGCACAAGCGGUUUGUAGCCCACCGCUUGCUGCAGCGAAUCGAAGC